AUGGGUCAAUUACUCUCUCAUCCUCUGACAGAGAAGGAGAUAGAAUACAAUGAUUACAAAUACCUUACGCAAGGGCAUUCAGCAAAUCCAGGUCAUCGAAAGGGAAAUACAAAAGUACCCUUUUUUUACAAUUGUGUCGGAUCCAUGCAAGGUUACAGAUUGACUCAAGAAGAUGCCCACUUGAUUCUUAACGAAGAUAAGGCUUUGCUUGUGAACUUUUACAAUCCGUUCACGAAUCACUCGGAACAAUUGACACUGAGCAUAUUUGCAUUGUUUGAUGGCCAUGGAGGCGAUGAGUGUUCCAGUUUUUUGAGCGGUGAACAUCAUCAAAGCCCAAAGAAUGGCAUUUCCCAUUGGAUAGCAUACUCAUUUGAGAACCAUCGAUAUGGUGCACUACUAGACGACUCUAGUGAGCAACCACUUGAAGAUGGCGAUGGUGUUUCACAUUCAGGACCAAAGGUCAGUCCGUCCAAUGCUAAAAGAGGCUUUAGGACACUUCAAGGGUUGAUUUGCCAGGUGAUAAAGGAUGCAUUUUUCCUUCAGGAUCAAGAGCUUUACAAGCAUUUUGCAAAUAACUCUUGCGGAUCAACAGCGGUGGUUUCUAUCAUAAUCAAUCAUGAGGAUCUUUACGUAGCUAAUUGCGGUGAUUCUCGCUGCAUUCUAUCGUCAAAGGCCCUUGGUAUCAAGACUAUGUCCUUCGAUCACAAGCCCCAACAUAUUGGAGAAUUAUUGCGGAUAAACGAUGGUGGGGGUACAGUGUCUCUAGGAAGAGUUGGUGGUGUAUUAGCACUGAGUAGGGCCUUCAGUGAUUUCCAAUUCAAAAGAGGGGUCAUGUACAGUCAGAAUUCAUCACACUCAAAAUCUCAUCACAAUAUGGGUAUUCCACCGCAGGAGUCUCAAGUAACGGUUGAACCCGAUGUCCUUAUGCACAAGAUUAAUUACUCUAAGGAUGAGUUCAUGAUCUUAGGGUGUGACGGUAUAUGGGAUAUCUACAGUAAUAAGCAAUUGGUUCAAUUUAUCAAAUAUCAUCUGACGUUGGGAGUGAACCUGGAAGGAAUUGUAAUAAAACUACUAGAUCAUGGAAUUGCUCAGGCAAACAGUAACACCGGUGUUGGGUUCGACAACAUGACAGCUAUCAUAGUGGCUCUAAACAAACCAGGAGAAUCCUUGGCAGAAUGGUAUGCGAAGAUGAAGGCACGUCUCGAGCGCGAGCGUGGACUCAGUUAG